CUGCGCGAGCUGAUGGACAGCGGCGCAGACCCCGCCCGCGAGGAGCGGCUGCUCCGGGCCUGGUUCUCGCUGGUGCAGCAGCGGAAUUUGCUGGUGCGGCGACAGGACCAGCUGCAGCUGCUGGCGCAGGAGCGCGACCUGGAGCGGCGCUUUGAGCUGCUGAGCCGGGAGCUGCGGGGGCUGCUGGGGACAGAGGAGUGGCAGAAGCCGCCGGCGGCGCAGCGCGAACGCGAGCAGCUCUUACUGGAGGAACUGGUGGCGCUGGUGAACCGGCGGGACCGGCUGGUGCGGGACCGGCACCGCCGCGAGAGCAGGGCGCUGGAGGAGGAUGAGGAGCUGCGGAGGAGCCUCGAGCCCCGGCGGCGCCGCUUCGGCCGCAGGGAAACGUGCGGGAUCUGCUGAGGGACCCCCCCCCCGGGACCCCCAAAAUCCCCGGGACCCCCAAAAUCCCCGGGA